AAGCUAUUCUCGCAGAGUGGAAAAAAUGGGAGGAUCCGACGAAAACAAUCCUGGAGUCAUCGGUCCCUCACGUCUUCAAGGGGGUUUACGUGCCGCCGGAGGAGGCAAGUUUGCUGCGGCGAUUGGGCAGAAUCGAAGAGCAUUGAGCACUAUUAACCCGAACCUAGUUGAAGGCCGACCUCACCGUUGUGCAGUCAGCAAGAGACCUCUAUCUGAAAGAAAUGAAGUUUGUGGUAAAAUCCCACCACCCAUACCUCAACAUAGACCAGUUACUAGGAAUUUCGCUGCCCAGAUGGCUAACAAGCAACAACUGAAACCUGAGGAAACUAAGAAACCAAUCCAGUCCGUGUCAGUUCCAAAUGAACCCGAAGACUGCAGCAUCAUCGAUGUGAAUGAGCAGGAUGUGCCAAUGUUUGUGCAACACACAGAAGCCAUGAUGGAUGAGAUUGAAAGGAUGCAGGAGGUCGAAAUGGAAGACGUCGAUGAAGAUCGUCUUCUGGACAUUGACAAUUGUGAUAAAUCGAAUCCACUUGCAGUUGUUGAGUACAUUGGUGAUUUAUAUAAAUUCUACAAGAAAGCAGAGUGUACUGGUUGUGUUCCACCAAAUUACAUGGAACUCCAAUAUGACAUUAACCAAAGGAUGAGAGCUAUCCUCAUUGAUUGGCUGAUAGAGGUUCACUACAAGUUUGAGUUGAUGGAAGAAACCUUGUUUCUGACUGUCAAUCUAAUCGAUCGAUUUCUAGCUAUAAAGCAAAUAGCGAGGAAGAAACUCCAGCUGGUUGGAGUAACAGCCAUGCUUUUAGCCUGCAAAUAUGAAGAAGUUUCUGUUCCUGUUAUUGAGGAUCUGAUUCUCAUUUCAGACAAGGCGUACACCAGGAAAGAAGUGCUCGAUAUGGAGAAAUUGAUGACCAAUGUAUUACAAUUCAAUCUAUCAGUUCCUACGCCUUACGUGUUCAUGAGGAGAUUUCUGAAAGCUGCUCAAUCAAACAAGAAGCUUGAGCUUCUGUCAUACUUCUUGAUUGAGCUUUGCCUGGUCGAAUACGAAAUGCUUAAGUUCCCACCAUCUUUGUUAGCUGCUGCAGCUAUCUUCACUGCCCAAUGCAGGAUUAGUGGGUGUAAGCAUUGGAGCAAGACCAGCGAGUGGUAUACUUCCUACUCGGAAGAGCAGCUUAUGGAAUGCUCGAGAAUGAUGAUUGGGUUCCAUCAGAAAGCGGGGACAGGAAAACUUACAGGCGUUCAAAGGAAGUACAGUACAUCUAAGUACGGCUAUGCUGCAAAGAGUGAACCUCCAACUUUUCUUUUGGAGGCUUAAAAUUCGAGCACAGUU